AUGACCAGCCUGCGCAUCAGGAUCGCAAACCUGGUGUUCAAGCUGCUCACGUGUAUGCUGUACAUCGUCAGGGUUAUCACCGACAACGACCCGACGCACGCAUCAUGUUACGGCUGUCCACCGGGCAACAACUCCGAGUACAUGCGGUCGAGCAACCUGACCGACGAGGAGUUCCAGGAGAACCCAGUCAUCAACUGGGACGCCAUCCUCUGGGUGAACCGGUCGCUGCUCAUGUGGAUCGUGCAAGUCAUCCUGGCCAUCAUCAGCCUCACCGAGGCCCUGCUCCUCGCCUACCUCGGCUACAAGGGAAAUAUCUGGCAGCAGCUGCUGUCCUUCCACUUCAUCCUCGAACUCGUCAACACGAUACCCUUCACGCUGACGCUCCUGUGGCCACCACUGCGCAACCUGUUCAUCCCGGUAUUCCUCAACUGCUGGCUGGCCAAGCACUCCCUCGAGAAUAUGUUCAACGACCUGCACCGGGCGAUGCAGAAGUCGCAGUCUGCGCUGUCGCAGCAGCUGAUGAUUCUGUCGGCGACGCUGCUGUGCCUCGUCUUUACCAGUGUGUGCGGGAUCCAGCACUUCCAGCGCGCCGGCCACCGACACCUCAACCUGUUCCAGUCGACCUACUACGUGGUCGUCACGUUCUCCACGGUCGGCUACGGAGACAUCGUACCCGACAUCUGGCCCUCGCAGCUCUACAUGGUCAUCAUGAUAUGUGUCGCACUCAUAGUGCUCCCCACACAGUUCGAGCAGCUGGCGUUCACGUGGAUGGAGCGCCAGAAGCUAGGCGGCUCCUACUCUUCGCACCGGGCGCAGUCGGAGAAGCACGUGGUCGUCUGCAGCACCACAUUGCACGCAGACACCAUCAUGGACUUCCUCAACGAGUUCUACGCCCACCCACUGCUGCAGGACUAUUACGUGGUGCUGCUGUCGCCGAUGGAACUGGACACGACGAUGCGCAUGAUCCUGCAGGUGCCCAUCUGGGCGCAGCGCGUCAUCUACAUCCAGGGGUCGUGCCUCAAGGACAGCGACCUGGCCAGGGCGCGCAUGAACGAGGCCGAGGCGUGCUUCGUGCUCGCCGCCAGGAACUACGCCGACAAGACGGCCGCGGACGAGCACACGAUCCUGCGCUCAUGGGCCGUCAAGGACUUCGCGCCGAGCGUGCCGCAGUACGUGCAGAUCUUCCGGCCGGAGAACAAGCUGCACGUCAAGUUCGCCGAGCACGUGGUCUGUGAGGACGAGUUCAAGUACGCGCUGCUCGCCAACAACUGCACCUGCCCGGGCGCCUCCACGCUCGUCACUCUGCUGCUGCACACCUCCAGAGGACAGGAGGGCCAGACUUCCCAAGAAGAAUGGCAUCGACUGUAUGGAAAAUGCUCUGGAAACGAAAUAUAUCAUAUUGUGCUGGGAGACAGCAGGUUUUUUGGAGAGUACGAAGGGAAGAGCUUCACGUAUGCCAGCUUCCAUUCCCACAGAAAAUAUGGAGUAGCACUUGUUGGUGUGCGACCAGCAGAAUUACCUGAAUUUUAUGAGGAUACAAUAUUACUUAAUCCUGGCCCAAGACAUAUAAUGAAGAAGAGUGACACAUGUUACUACAUGAGCAUUUCAAAGGAAGAGAACUCUGCCUUUAUUCUUGGGAACCAGCAGAAUCAGCUGUGUGCAGAAAGUGGAACUACAGCAACAGAUGACAAGGAUCACAGUAAGGAGACUGGUGAUGGGCGUAACACUAAAACUGAUGCUACAUCUUCUGAUAGCUGUGGAAAUUCAGAAUCAAAGCAAGGUCAGAAAGAGAAUAAUCCAUCCACCUUAACACCAGAUGUAGCAGUUACAGGAAAUCAUCUUGAUGUACCUCGACCUGGAGACAAUCCAAAUCUUUUAAGUCCAGAGAUUCUGAACCAAAGGAGAGGUAGCCGCCGUCCAAGUAUAUUGCCAGUUCCUGACAUGUUCACUAGCUCCUCUCUCAACAUUGCUGUAGAACCACAGGAUGAUGCAGGUGAUGAAAGUGAUGAUGAGUUAGAUGACGAUGUCCCAUGGAGAUCGCCAAGUGAAAAAAUUGCUUCUGGGACUACAGAUGGCUGUAUGACUAAGUCUUCUUGGCUUGGAGAAACUUGUCGCAUUGUGAAAGGCUUUCCACCUGUGUCUCCUUACAUAGGAGUAAGUCCAACACUGUGCUACCUCCUGAAGGAAAAGAAGCCUCUCUGUUGUCUCCAGCUUGCUAAGGUCUGUGAACACUGCAGCUAUAGAAAUGCCAAAGAGUAUAACUGGCAAAAUAAGACAAUAAUAUUAGCUGCUGAUUAUGCAUCCAAUGGAAUUUACAAUUUUAUAAUUCCUCUUCGAGCUCACUUUCGUUCCAAAACUUCACUGAACCCCAUCAUUUUACUGCUGGAACGAAGACCAGAUAUUGCUUUCCUUGACUCGAUAUCUUAUUUUCCUCUAGUAUAUUGGAUGCUUGGUUCCAUUGAUUGCCUUGAUGAUCUUCUGCGUGCUGGAAUUACAUUAGCAGAGAAUGUUGUUGUUGUAAAUAAAGAGAUGUCAAAUUCAGCAGAAGAAGACACUCUUGCAGACUGCAAUACCAUUGUAGCAGUCCAAACAAUGUUCAAAUUUUUUCCUAGCAUCAAAAGUAUCACCGAGCUUUCCCAAUCUUCAAACAUGAGGUUCAUGCAGUUUCGGGCCCAUGAUAAAUAUGCCCUUCAUCUCUCCAAAAUGGAAAAGCGAGAGAAGGAACGAGGAUCACACAUCUCCUAUAUGUUUAGGCUUCCAUUUGCAGCUGGUAGUGUAUUCAGUGCUAGUAUGUUGGAUACACUCUUGUAUCAAGCGUUCGUUAAGGAUUAUGUUAUCACAUUUGUCAGACUUCUUCUUGGAAUUGAUCAAGCUCCAGGAUCUGGAUUUUUGACAUCUAUGAAAAUUACAAAAGAUGACAUGUGGAUCAGAACGUAUGGAAGACUGUAUCAGAAAUUAUGUUCAACAACAUGUGAGAUACCAAUUGGUAUCUAUCGUACACAGGAUACCUCACUUGCUGAUUCGUCCCACCCUGACGAGGAGAAUGACUCAGAUGGAGUUGGGGUUACAUACAGGCCAAAAUCUCAAAUUCGAAACUGUCUGGGUUGCGUACAAAACCAGACAUCUGUGUGUUCCAUAAAUUUAGUUGAUGAAGCUCGAGAUAACCACACACAAAUGAUUGAACGUGCUGAAAUUGCAAAUUUGGUUCGCUCCAGAAUGGAAAGCCUAAAUCUGCCCAGUAUAGAUUAUGAUGAUGUCAGUGAGAAAAGGAGUAACUUGUCUUAUGUAAUUAUCAACCCAAGCUGUGAUCUCAAACUUGAAGAAGGAGAUAUUAUAUACAUAGUACGACCCAGCCCUUUCUCAGCACAGAAGACAUUUGAACGUCACAACAGCCGCCGGAAGUCAAAUAUUAGUUUCUGCUCUCAACAACUGGUACAACAGAUGGCAAAUUCUGCAGCUGGUAGUCGGCGCGGCUCCACUAUUGGAUUGUCUGGCUAUACACCAACUCCAAGACCCCCUCCACUUGUAACAACAAAAGCAAACUCCCUUUCCCUUCCAGAUAGUCCUACAGUUGCUGGAUGUGCCGCAAGUCCCAGUCCUGCAGGAUGCUACAGAGCACGAUCCAACUCCUUACGUGUUGCUGACGAUAUACUCUUGCGUCGUUCAAACUCCCUGCGUCAGGGAUUGGCACCCUCUGGUCCCACAAGACGAAAAAGCAGCCUAGAAGACCUAGGUUUCUCCUAUGCUUCCAACCAUAGCAACCCAAUUAAGAUAGCAUUGAAUGGAAGCAUUGGUCUAGAGGUGACACCACCAGAAGAAGGAAGCUCACAGAGUGAAAACAGCUGUAGUAACCUUCUCAGUACUGUUGCAACUGGUCUUUCUGUUGGUGGCAGCCCUGCGGGUGGCAGUGGGAGUGUUGGCAUCAGUGUCAGUUGUAACAGUGGCAUAUGUACCAAUACAGGUGCGAGAAGUAGUGGAGGGUGUUCAGGAACUGUAAAUAGUCAAGGACUGGGAAUUUGUGCACAGACUCCAAGUUCACUUGAUGUGUCAAGCCUUGUCAGCUGCAGUGUAGACAGCUGUCAGCCUCCUCCGUCUCCCGGCCCAUGUGCCAGCCCAACCCCUCUGGCUGAUCCCCAACACCUACAAGGUACACUUGUAUGAUAUCACCUUAUGUGGGGGAGGAGACUAAGCAGUGUAGUCCGGAACAAGUGGCUGUAAACUGAUUGCUCCUCAGCCCCACAGUGAUAAAUUCUGAAUAAGAAAAGUAUAACAGCUGAAUCUACUUCAGUACCUUGAAAACUAUAUUGAACUGUAAGAGUCUAUGUGCAAAAUGAGUGAAAUGGUACUGUUAGUACUUAGCUGUUGACAAAUAACGACUUUGUAGUACAACUUAGUACAUAAAAUUAAAUAGGUGCUACUUUGAGAUAUUUUUAAUUUACUGAUAAGUGAAGAAGAAAUGAGUCAUUUUAAAACAACAUAUGUUGUUUACAGAUAACUACAGAAAUUAGGGCAUGUUUUGCUUCCUCGAUAUCUGUCUACUUACUCUUGUUGCACAUAUUGCCUCUUCAACAGACAGAGACUGUUGAUAUAAGCUAAGAAAAAUAUCAGAUGGGCUAAGUAGAAAAGGAAUGAUUCUUCACCAGCCCAUCAUUUCUAUUUUUCUCAAUUAUCAUUCUCUUGGCUGAUAUAUUCUCCGGUGUGGCACCGAAUGAGUUGGAAAUGGGAACAAAUAGUGUGUAGCUGUAAGUUAUCUUGAAGACUUUUUAGAAACUGAAAACUAUUUGGUGUGCUGCAUAGCAGCAUCAUUGCCUUGUAAAUAUCAUCUAUUACAUACCAUAUGUAUAGUGUACAGUGAUAUAAAUAAGAGUGUGCAUUUAAGUGAAAUAUAU